AUGGCAGAGGAGAGAAGUGUCUGCAGUUUUGUGUUCAAGAAGCGGUGCCGAGCUGCAGGCAGUGGCCAGCGAAAACGUCCCUGCAGAGACCAGGAGCGGGAGAGCAGUGGCGAGGAGGGCAGCACUGUGGUGAGGAAGGAGCGGCGGCAGGAGACCCCCAACCCCAUGAUCCAGAGGACCAAGCGCUGCAUGAGGGAGAGGCCAGAGUACCUGCCAAGCAGCAGUGAGGAUGAGGAGCCUGCCAAGGAGAUCAGGGUCACCUACAAAUCGACCAGGUCAGCGAAACCUGUUGGCCCAGAAGACAUGGGAGCCACAGCAGCGUAUGAACUGGACACAGAGAAGGAAAAGGAUGCCCAGGCCAUCUUUGAGCGCUGCCAGAAAAUCCAGGAGGAGCUGAGAGGAAAGGAAGAUGAUAACAUUUACCGUGGCAUUAACAAUUACCAGAAGUAUGUGAAACCCAAAGACACAUCGAUGGGAAAUGCCUCCUCGGGAAUGGUCAGGAAGGGCCCCAUCCGUGCUCCAGAGAACCUGCGGGCCACAGUGCGCUGGGACUACCAGCCUGACAUCUGUAAGGACUACAAAGAGACUGGAUUCUGCGGCUUUGGGGACAGCUGCAAAUUCCUGCACGACCGCUCGGACUACAAGCACGGCUGGCAGCUCGAACGGGAGCUGGACGGAGGCCUCUACGGUGGCAAUGACAAUGAUAACUAUGAGGUGAGCAGUGAUGAGGAGGAUGUGCCUUUCAAAUGCUUCAUCUGCAGAGGUUCCUUCAAGAACCCCGUGGUCACCAAGUGUCGGCACUACUUCUGUGAGAGCUGUGCCAUCCGGCACUAUCACAAAUCCCAGCGCUGCUACAUCUGUGACAAGCAAACCAAUGGGGUCUUCAAUGCUGCCAAAGAGCUCAUGGCAAAACUGGAAAAACACAAAAGGGAGAAAGAAGAGGAGCAAGUCAGACCAUGA